UUCUAAAAAUACGGAGGGAAAUGAAACCGAAACAUUAAACAACUGGCUUGGAGGAGCAUAAUGAUCCACUGAAAAGGAGUGGGAAGAGGCAAAGGCUGGGAAGUGUGGGUGGUGCAGCUGUGCAUGGCCACCAAGGGCACAGUCAAACCAGAAGCUACACAUGGACCAAUUACGAGUAGCUCUGCUUCUGAGUAGAGCAUGCAGUGUUGUGCUAACGGGAGGAAGUGUUGUCAUAAGUUCAUGUUUAAGUGCCUACAAUACAUAUAAUAAAAAACAAGUCAACACCCUAAGCAAACAACUUAUCUCUUCUUUCCCUUUUUACAUUUUAGGGGAUGUAUCUCCAGUUCACAUGAAUCCCAUUUCCCAAUCUCUGUUUGUUCCUUUGGCAGAAAUUCUUUGUGCCAUAUCUGAUGUGAAUGAAGCUCAUAUUACUGUUACACAGGAAACCUUAAUGGAUCAACUGGUAAAAAGUUAUCCAGGCAUAGCCAUUCCCUCACAAGAAAUUCUAUAUAAUACUCUUGGAAUGUUAAUUAAGGAAAGGAAGAUCUAUCACACUGGAGAGGGAUACUUCAUAGUGACACCCCACACUCACUUUGUCACUGAUAAUGCCAUAAGGCAUGAGAAAAAGGUCCUGUCAGAGGAUAACUGCUCUUCUCUGCCACCUGUCACAUACCUUGUAAGCAUAGACAGCUGUGCUGACCUAACAAAAGAAAAUGUUCCUACCAUGACCCACUGUAGAUCCUGUCAUUGUUUCCCUGAUCAGACUACAUUCAGUGAACAAAGAGAUCAGCAACUAAUGAACCAUGAACCUAAGGGAAGAGGUCAAAAAGGCUCUGAAAUUAAACUUCCACUUUGGAGUCAAUCUGUCUCUACAUCAGCUGAUAUUCAUUCCUGUGACACAAUCAAGUCCUUAACUUCAGUGAAAGAAAAAGUGAAAUGUAAAAAGUUUGGCCUUGGUCUUUUUAGGCGUAGCACUUCUUAAAAAGAGAAACCUAAAAAGGAGUACUCUACUUUUUCAGCCCAGUUUCCACCUAAAGAAUGGCCAGUUAGGGAUGAAGAUAGUUUAGACAAUAUUUCACGUGAUAUUGAACAUGAAAUCAUCAAGCAUGUUAAUCCUCUUCUGACGGUUGAUAAUUUAAUUAAACACACCGUAUUAAUGCAAAAAUUUGAGGAACCGGAAAAAAAAUACAUUAGUAAACAUACCUCAACUGAAAAGUUGCCAGUCAGACAAAAGCACAUUUCAAAAGUAUGUGCUCACAUGAAGCAAAAUAAAACAGCAAAGCAUCACAGUAGAAUUAACUCGAGCAAAGGAAAUUAAAGUAGCAAAACCCGGAGAGUCUCUCAAAUCAGUGAGCUUGCAUCAGAAAAUGAGAAGGUGGAAAAAUGUGUGGAACAUCUGUCAUCCUAUGUUGCAAAUGAGAAGGCACCAAACAAAUCCUGUUUUAUAUAUAAAAAAAAAAAAAUUCUAAUCCUUUUCCAGGUCUGGCAUGUAGAGAGAACCUUUAUACGAAGUGGCAUAAAAGUCAGAAAAACAGUCAGUUAAAGUCCCGGACUCGAAAGCAAGAACAGAAUUUUCAAAUGCCGAGGCCUCAGGAUCCCCCAAGAAGUUCUGACCAUGAAGCCAAACAACCAGUAGCUGAAAAGCACGAUAACCAAGCCAAGCAAAACAAAUUAUUCCACAUUAACAAUACUUCUCUCUAUCUGAACGAAAAUCAUUUAAAUGAAUACCCAAGCUAUCCACAAUGCAGUACAUUACAAAUAGACGAUGAAUGUCAGGGCUGUAGAGAAAAUAUUUUUCCCUCAAUUUCCCAAUAUAAUGUCUAUACAGAGGCAAACAGAAAUAGUAAUGUUCAAAAAUCCCUUCCUUUUUACACUGAAGAUAUGGUUGUGUUU